AUGAUAAGGCAACGUGACAUAAGGGACUCCCUAGGUCUUAGUGGGAAUGUUGCAGUGUUACAGCUUUGGACCGUUGAACGUUUGGGUUUAGCGGAUAGUGAACAUCACAUUGUCUUCCCGAGAAUAAUAAAUUGGCCUUCGCUUAAAUUAAGGUCAAACAAAAUAGAGGACUUGUUUAAAAGGAAAGAGGACCGUGGGAACCCAAUAAUUCGUGCGGCCCUUCAUUUGGAAGAAGGGCCAAUACCGGAAGAUGAUGGACAUGAGUUAGGGUUGAGUUGGGAAGAAGUGGUGAUGAAGAAAAUUGAAGACAACCGAAGAAAAAUGGUUGAAAUGAAUAAAGAGUUAAGAACUUUGGCCGCAAUGGGUGAUAGAUGUGGUGUUGAUGUUGAUGUUGAACGUGAUGAUGGUCAAGGUGAUGAUGGUGAAGGAGAUGAUGUUGAAGGAGAUGAUGGUAAAGCAGAUGAUGGUCAUGUUAAUGGUGGAGCAAAUGAGGAAGCUCAAUGUUUUGAAACAGUCAUAUAUACUGAUGUGGGUGGUUGUUUGGAGGAAGAGAAGGAGGACGUUGAGGACGUUUUGGAUGUUGCACCUCUUGUACGCAUUGUGGCACGACAUCAUGAAAUAAAUGAGGAUGGUCAUUUAUUGAAUGGGAUUUUGUUUGCCACAUCUGUGUUCAUGUUCUUUGAAAGAAGGAGUACUGGAGUAGUUAAAAGGAUAUGUUUUAGUCCAUUAUAUGCGACCAAUGUUUUAAUUGACUCAAGAAAGAGAAAGAGUAAUCGCAAAGUUUGGUCAUUGAAUGACUACUCUAACUACUUCCAAUCUAAUAUCAUCAGAUUUGAUGACAUUGUCAAUGCCGAAUUUGUUAGUGCAAUUACAUUUGAUAUAAUGAAUUUGAAUAGUUUGUGGAUGAUUCCAUUACUGGAAAUGUUUACACUGGACUCUUUUGGGCACAAAAGAAAAGAACGACAAAAGAUUGACAAUGUCAUUGCACAAAAUCUUGCAAUGCUUUUUGGACAUUUGUUGAAUAGUUCCGAACACAACAAACCAUCAUUGGACGUACAACACUUGCAGACUCCAAUCCAACCUAACAAAUUUGAUUGUGGAGUAAUUGUUUUGAAAAUUAUGGAGUUGUGGAUGACAUUGAGAAAUACCAAGGAAACACAAUGCCCACUUACACAACUGAAGAACUACAACAAGUUAGGGAGCAAUAUGUUUGUGAAUGGAUUUUGGAUGUUGACAACGUGCGGAGGAAUCAAGUGCCGCAAGAUUUGGGCAUUUUGUAGAAUGUUGGGGAUUAGUGAUGAAAGAACAGUAGUUGUUAUAUUUUGA